AUGUCCGGUGGCCGCAGGAUUUGGGUUUUGAACGUGGCAGAGAAACCUUCGGUGGCGAAAUCGGUGGCGGAGAUCUUAUCUCGCCGCGGCGGCGGCAUGCGGUCCCGCGAGGGGCGGUCGCGCUUCAACCGUGUUUUCGAGUUUGAGUACGCCAUUGAUUCCUGCGACCCCGCGGACCUCUACCAUGCGCCUAUCCGCAAGUACGUUCCUGAGGACAAGUUGGAUUUGAAAAGGACGUUGGAAGAGGAAGCUAGAAGGUGCCAGUGGCUUGUAUUGUGGCUUGACUGCGACAGGGAAGGGGAAAAUAUUGCAUUUGAAGUUGUUGAUGUUUGCACUUCUGUAAAUAGUCACCUCAACAUAUGGAGAGCUCGUUUCUCAGCGUUGAUUGAUAGGGAGAUACAUGCAGCCGUCCAGAAUCUUGUUCGGCCCAACAAAUUGUUCGCAGAUGCAGUGGAUGCCAGACAGGAAAUUGACUUGCGAAUUGGUGCAUCAUUUACUAGGUUUCAGACAAUGCUUCUAAGAGAUACAUUUGUAUUGGAUUUUGCUGGGGAUGAUAGAAGUAUUGUUCUGAGUUAUGGCCCUUGUCAGUUUCCUACUUUGGGCUUCAUAGUUGAACGAUAUUGGGAGAUACAGGCGCACGAACCUGAAGAGUUCUGGACCAUUAAUUGUUCUCAUACUUCAGAAGAGGGCACUGCUACUUUCUCUUGGAUGCGAGGACACCUCUUUGACUACACAUGUGCUGUUAUAGUUUAUGAGAUGUGUGUUGAAGAACCCAUGGCAACUGUCACUGAUGUUAAACAUAAGGAAAAGUUGAAGUAUCCUCCUCAUCCUUUAAGUACUGUUGAGCUCCAGAAACGAGCAUCUAGAUAUUUUAGGAUGAGUUCAGAACAUACCAUGAAGGUAGCUGAGGAGCUUUAUCAGGCUGGAUACAUCAGUUAUCCACGCACAGAGACAGAUGGCUUCUCUGUUAACACAGAUUUACAAGCUAUUGUACACGAGCAAGUUGCACAUCCAACUUGGGGUUCAUAUGCUCAACAGCUUUUGGACCCUGAGGUGAGGCUUUGGAGAAAUCCUAGUAAUGGCGGGCAUGAUGAUAAAGCACAUCCUCCUAUUCAUCCAACAAAGUUCUCUGUUGGUGAACCAGGGUGGACUGAAGACCAUAAGAGGUUGUAUGAAUUUGUUGUGCGCCAUUUCCUUGCCUGUGUAUCUCAACCAGCUGUUGGUGCUGGAACUACGGUUGAGAUUGACAUUGCUGGUGAACGGUUCUCUGCUACUGGGCUUGCGAUAAUAGCAAGAAACUAUUUGGAUGUUUAUCGAUUUGAAUCUUGGGGUGGUGUCGUCAUUCCAACCUAUAAUAUUGAGCAAACGUUUAUUCCUACAACUUUAACACUUGAUUCGGGGGUCACAAGGCCGCCGCCACUUUUAAGCGAAUCAGAUUUGCUUAGCCGUAUGGAUAAGGCUGGUAUAGGUACAGAUGCAACCAUGCAUGAUCACAUUAAGAAGUUGCUUGAUCGGUGUUAUGCAACUAAAGACACAAAUACACGUUUUUCUCCGACAAAGCUUGGAGAGGCAUUGGUGAUGGGAUACGAUGACAUGGGAUAUGAGCUUUGGAAGCCAUACCUUAGAUCUAUGAUGGAGUUUGACAUGAAAGAAGUUAGCACCGGUUCAAAGAGUAAAUCUCAAGUUUUGGAAAAUUGCUUGCAACAAAUGAAAGCUUGUUUCUUAGAUGCAAGACUGAACAAAAUAAAGCUCCUUGAUGCAAUGGAAAUGUUCUUUGAGAGAUCUGGCAGAUCUGGAGAUACACAAAAUUUUGGAGCGCCUGUGAAGCCAUGCAGUGUUUGUCAUGAAUCAGAUAUGUUACUUAAACGUAGGCCGAAUGGUGAUUUCAUGGUCGGUUGCCAGCGUUUCCCUCUUGUGAGUUUGCCUUUAUCAGUUUUGCAAGCCAUCGAGAAUAUUGCAUCAUGUAGAAAUGUAGUUUGGCUUCCGGGAGCAAUAUCAGAUGCAAGUGUAACUGGCAAUGUUUGUCCUAGAUGUACUACAGGUCCUGUUUUUCUUAUUCAAUUUAAGUUUCGUCGAUUGGAGAUACCUCCUAACUAUGAUGUCGACCAUUUGGGGUGUGUUGGUGGCUGUGAUGAUAUCCUCAAAGAACUCAUAGAAAUUUGUGGAACUGGUUCAAGGAAUGCAACUCCAAUGACAGCAAGAGGGCAAACAUCGGAUCCUUCUAAUGCUGCCCAAAGAAGAAGUACUGAGUCAAAUCCUUGUAUGCAUUGCAGACAAACUGGGCAUUCUUCUAAUGAUUGCCCCUUUCAAGUUUCUCGCUCACGCAGAGCUCAGUCAACUAAUAACGCUAGAAAUGGUGCAGGCCCGAUAUUGUGUGAUUGUGGUGAACCAUCUGCGUUGAGGACUGCUAAUACAGAAAACAAUAGAGGAAGGAAGUUCUAUGUCUGCCAGUCACGAGAUUGUGACUUCUUUGUAUGGGAAGAAAAUCUAGAGAAUGGCACAGGACAAGGACGUGGUGCAGCUCGCGGAAGCAGUGGAAGGUCAUCGUCCUCUACCCCAAGAAGGGGCGGCCGAGGCCGCGCUCGAGGCCAGAGGGGUGCUCAAGCCGACGGCAUUACAUUUGUAUCGGCAACUGGGGAACGAGUAUCGGGUAGUUGCUUCAUCUGCGGCGAUCCCUCUCAUUUCGCAAAUACCUGCCCUAACCGAGGAAGGUAAUCAGCAUCCUUGUUUGUUUUUUGUCCGGAGAUAUCCUCUUGCAAUACUCACUGAAAUAUCAUUUUUGUAAAUGGUGCUUCAGACAUCUUUUUUUUUACCAUCUUUGUCACUUCGGUCGAUUUUGCAAAAAGAAUGUCAAAGUGCAAACAUCAUUUAAAAAUUUCCCAUCAUGAAACAAAGUUUACCCAUUCAAAUGUCUAGAAGUUGUUGAGAUGUGCGGUUUGGUAGAUAUAUUUGUAUAGUUUUAGAGAAAGAUUAUUCAGCCUAUGUGAUCUUAAAUGACUUUUUUGUCAUACACGGUAGGAGGUAUUAGUUAUUUUAUGUGCUGCGUAAUGUAGGAUUUCUUGUAGAGCACA